GCAACUGGAUGUAGGGGACAUGGCACUCUUAACACCCCAGGGAGUAAAAAAAGUCUUCCAAUUCCAGAAACCAGAAGGUAGGGAGCACCUACGGAGACUGCUGAACUGGGAAGAGUUUGAUGAGGUGAGAGACUCCCGCAGAAGCAUUCUGCUGGAUACCCUCUACGAAAGCAUCAUCUUUGCCGUGGGCAAAGGCUUCCCAUGGGUGGAAGUGGUCAAGGUGGUCAAGUUCACGGAAGAGCUACUCAAGGAAACCAAAGGCUGCUCCAUCACUGAGGCUGUGACAAUCCUGGGGAAUAAACUCAGAGAUUACCAGGGGCAGUUCAAUACCACUCACCUGCUGGCCCUCUGUGACUACUUCCACAACACCUUCAUCCGCCACUACAAACUCUACCAGUAUGUCCUAGGCCAGGACCAGGAGGUCAACCUGACUGUCACCCACCUGGAAGUGUGUGCACCUCCGCAGCCCCUCCCGCUAGCCAAGGGCAUGGACAGGGACAUCUGGCAGAUUGAGCAGCAAGUGGCAGAGCUCAGUAUGGCUGAGGUACAGAAACGCACCAAUGUGCGGCUCCUGAAAGAGGCGCUGCACCUGGAACAGGAGCACAAGCUACAGAAAACAUUCUCUGAGGUGCCCGAGCAACCCAGCCAGGUUCUGAAGAGAGAGGAGUUAGAAAAUCUCAUCAAUGAGGCCAUUCACAUUCAGAUAGAAUGCCUGAAGGAGCUGCUUCAAUAUGAGAUACAGAUAACUUUUGAUAUUUUGGACCUGAAACUUCAGAAGAAGACUUUGAACCUCAAUGCUCCUAUCCUUUUCCCCCUCUCUAUCACUGGCCAGCCAGGCCAAGAUGAAUCUAAGUUCUACAAAACAAACAAAGGAAAGAAAGCAAAAGCAAAGAAGAAGUAGAGAGCCCCUGAUAUCCACUGACUAAAGACUCUGAGGAAAAGCCAUUGACAAUUAUGAAAGUAUUAUGUGACGUGCUCAGCACCUAUAAAUCAGAGCUUUCUAGUGAUUAAAAGAAAUAAAA